ACCAGAGAAUGAACUACAUGGAAUAAACUGAGUAGCGUUAUUCUAAGGUAUUGAUUGAAACACAUGUGACGUUUGAGGCUAUUUUCGCCGGUGUGGAUGUAUCAAUAUAUUUGUGCCCGAACAGCACAUUGUGUAGGCGAUGCACAACACUCAACUCUCUGAUCAACGGGAAUAGACAUUUCUGUGACUAUUAUAAACACGUAGCUAAUACAAUAAGUAGUGUGGUUAACUUGCGAUGGACUCGACCUAUUGACGAAUUCGUGCGGAGGUCCUUCCUAUGUAAUAUUGCACUGCGUGCUCUGCGGCGAAAGCGCCCGCCCAUCGACUUUUUCUCCUAGCAGAGCAAUGAAAGGAGAUUGAUUUUACUGGAGCAGCCGUGGAGUGUGCACGACCUGCAUACGUUUGGGUAGAGCUAUUGCCGCCGGAGGAAGUAUUUUAUUUAUUUUCUCACCAAAGGACUUUGCAUACAGAUUUUUCGGAUUGAUCCGAAUAUCUUGAUGUUGGCUAAAUUCUAAAUAGCGCACCAACAACGCAAGACACACACACAACGCUGGACUCAGGACUCCCUGCUGAGGUGGUUUGUCAUCCUACAGCGAAGCGCCUCCGCAAGGGAGAAUGGGCUGGGUCGCCUAGGCGUCUUUUAUGGGCGCAUUUCAUUGACAAUAUGAGAAAUCGCUGAAGGCGAUAGUAGAGACAAGCGACACCCGAGUAUACCGAGCCCCGCAUCUCAGAGCAGGAUACGGGAGAUAGGCGAGGGCAUCCCAUAGGCAGUAGGUGGAGGGGAUCUUACUCUCAAGCCAGCCCAGAAGCUUCGAUCCUCGGGGUGUACCAGAGCUGCCCGACGCCGGAUACCGAGUCGGCCGCAGACCCCUCAUUUCCCCUUCAAUAGACCGAAGUUUUGCGCCUCCAAACGGAUUAUAGGAACGGUUUCUGCGGAGAGAGAGAAACGGGAGACAAUGGGCAUCCACACGCUCCUUAUUGCAUGUGCGCUGCUUGGCGUGAGCGUGGCCCAAAGGGUAGUGACCGUUCAGAGCGGACCACUUGUACGGACGGAGGGCAGUCACGUGACCAUCUGGUGCAACGUGACUGGUUACAAGGAGGGUGUGGAGCAGGACUUUGAGUGGUCCAUGUAUCUGACCUCGGUGCCCGACCGUGAGAUCCGCAUUGUGAGCACGGCCCAGUCCAACUAUGCGUACGCGGUGUACUCCCAGAGGGUGAACAGUAAGGAGAUCUGGGUAGAGAGGCUGACCAGGGACUCAGCCCUGCUCCACAUCACCAAGGUCCAGGCCAGAGACCAGGGGCUGUUUGAGUGUUACACCCCCAACACAGACGGACAGUACCUCGGCUCCUACAGCGCCCGCACCAACCUCACCGUCAUCCCCGACUCCCUCGCUGUCACUGCGCCGCCACAGACCCUCUCCCAGGUGGAGGGUGACACGCUCCAGCUCACCUGUGAGGUUUCCCGGGCGACAGAGCAGCACACACACCUGUCUGUGGGUUGGUACCUGCGUUCCCCUGAGGACGCUACCAUGUCGCCCCAGGAGAUCCUCACUCUGUCCCGAGACUUUGUCCUCCGGGCCGGUGCGCCUUACAAACAGAGGAUGACUGCAGGAGACCUGAGACUGGAUAAGACCAGCCCUACGUCCUACAGGCUGACCAUCCACCGGCUGCAGCCUGCUGACCAGGGCCUGCUUUACUGCCAGGCUGCAGAGUGGAUCCAGGACCCCGACCGCAGCUGGUUCACCAUGACCCGCAAGCAGGCUGAUAAGACCCAGCUACGGAUACAGCCCAUUGAUCGGGACUUCUCUAUCCAGGUGAGCACGGAGCGGCGGUCCUUCACAGCGGGCGAGCCGCUGGAGCUGCGCUGCACCAUCGAUGCCCAGAGCGUGCCCGAGCGCUUCUUCUCGGUGUCGUGGGUGUUCAGCAGCUCGCCGGUGGCCGUGAUAGGGCCCAGCGCUGUGCCCGUCCUGGGACUCGAUUACGUGGCGCGUGAGGCCGCUGGUCACAUGACUGUGCGCAAGGAGAGCCCCACUGUGCACUUGCUUAAGCUGCAGCACCUCCGACCAGAGGAUGCUGGGAAAUACAUCUGUAGGGUCACGGAGAGGGAGAAGACACCCACCGGGGACUUUAUAGACCGGAGCAAGAGGUCACGCAACGUCCAAAUCACCGUCCAGCCCAUCAAGAGUAACGUCACAGUGUCUUUGUCCAGUAACUCGUCGGAGGUCCAGGAGGGGGACGUGGUCCAGCUGACCUGCUCCAUCCACUCCACCGCGGGUCCUCUCUCUGUGGCCUGGCAGUGGAGUGAGAAGCAGGGCUCCACCCCUCCCCAGAACCUGGCCUCUGUAGACCGCGACGGGACUGUCCGACCAGGCCCUGGGUACCGUGAGCGUUCCAGCUAUGGGGAGAUCCGUGUGGAGAGGGUACAGGAGGACAUUUAUACCCUGUCCCUCUACAACGCCCUGCCUGGGGACGAAGGGCUGUUCCGGUGCACGGCCACAGAGUGGGUGGAGGCCGGGACAGAGUCCGAGCAGAGUUGGGAGAAGAUAGGGGAGAAGUCAGCUACUAAGGCGAUCACUGUUAAGACCGUGGAAUCCUCCUUUGUGGUCUCGGCGUCGUCGCGGACGCCCAGCGUGACAUUUGGCGACUCGUUUGACCUCCAGUGCCUGGUGAAGCCCCGCCAUAACCCCCGUGUGCCUGCCUCUGUCACCUGGCGCUUCAUGCCCGCCAGUUCGGGCUCUUCUGGGGAGGUUGGCACAGCAGGCAUGUUCCGAGACCUGGUGACGUUUACCCGCGAGGGCACGCUGCAGUGGGGCGAGCAGCUGCUGGGCCUGGGCACCCGCACCACCGUGGACCGUUCCCAUUCCAACACCAACUUCAGAUUGUCUGUGACGCGCGCUGGGCGCAAGGAGGCGGGGACGUAUCAGUGCUCUGCCCUCCUGUGGAGGAGGAACUACGACAACACCUGGAGCAAAGUGGCCAACAGGACGUCCAACCUGCUGGGGAUCAGCGUGUUACAGCCAGUGUCUAAGCUGCGUGUGCAGAAGACCAACCAGUCCCUGGUCUACCUGGAGGACAGCCGUGUGCGCGUCAACUGCUCCGUGGCCUCUCAGACCAGCACCGACUCACAGCAUGCCAUGCUUUGGUACGUGCGCCGCGCGACGGGCGCCGAGGCCGACGAGCUCCUGCUGAGGAUUGAGCGCUCAGGUGCAUUUGAGUAUGGCGCCUACGCAGACGAGGAGAGGUUGAGGCGGCGGGUGCAGGCAGAGAGGAUGUCGCCACAGCUGUAUGCGCUGACACUGAACAGGGCAGAGAGCAGCGACUCUGGGACUUACUACUGCCUGGUGGAGGAGUGGCUCACAGAUCCAGACGGAGCCUGGUACAGACUGGCACGGGACUCCUCAGGCUUCACACAGGUCCUCGUCAGACAGCCAGAGGUGCGGUUACAGGUGGAGGAGUCCGAGUCUAAUAUCACCGUGUCCCAGUCCAGUUCCAUCCGGUUGGGCUGUAGCAUUCCCUCCCAGUCCUCCAGAGACUCCCGUUUCUCUGUGUCCUGGUAUGUGGAGCGCUCCUCCAUGCUCUCUGAGGAGGAAGAACAGGGGGAUGUUGACGAGGGAAACCGGGCCUGUGUGUUCUCCAUCGGACACGACGCCGUGUUCGGGAACGGGAACUGUAGCCCAAUCGAGGAGGCGGGGCCUAACUCACGCCUGCAGUUUGAGAGGACGACCUCUGACCUCUACAGUCUGACCAUCCAAGGGGCGCGACCCGCUGACGCUGGGCGCUACUACUGUCAUGUGGAGGAGUGGCUGCUCAACCCCCGCAACGCCUGGUAUCGCCUGGCAACCAACAACUCUGAUGUCACCAUCGUCAACGUGAUCCAGCAGGUCUCCACCCUGCAGUCGGUGGUAUGUUCCAACGACUCUCUCUUCUACUUUGUCUUCUUCUACCCGUUCCCCAUCUUCGGCAUCCUCAUCAUCGCCGUGCUCCUGGUGCGCUACAAGAGCCACAGACACAGCAAAUCCCAGGAGAGCAAGAACGGCGCCCCCUUACUGUGGAUCAAAGAACCCCACCUCAGCUACUCCCCCACCUGCCUGGACCCACCCGUCCUCAGCCUGCACCCUGGCUCAGUGGACUAAGGGACAGAUCCAUAGCCCUCAUCCCAUAGUCCUUAUCGCGGACCCAACUAAUACCAUGCCAGGGAGGGGCUACUCCGGACCUCCACCUGUCUAAUCACUUCUGUGUCCAAGCUGUCAAUCAAUCAAUCCGUCCAUCCAUGUAUAAUCCCACCCCCCUGUCUGCCUGUCUGUGAGUUACCCUGUAGCAGCUCUGUCAUGUGGGUGGGUGCGUGAGCAUGUGGAAAAGUGUGUGAGCAUGUGGAAAAGUGUGUGUGCUUGGAAUGUGUAUGCAGGACGUGUGUGUAUGCAGGACGUGUGUGUAUGCAGGACGUGUGUGUAUGCAGGACGUGUGUGUAUGCAGGACGUGUGUGUAUGCAGGACGUGUGUGUAUGCAGGACGUGUGUGUAUGCAGGACGUGUGUGUAUGCAGGACGUGUGUGUAUGCAGGACGUGUGUGUAUGCAGGACGUGUGUGUAUGCAGGACGUGUGUGUAUGCAGGACGUGUGUGUAUGCAGGACGUGUGUGUAUGCAGGACGUGUGUGUAUGCAGGACGUGUGUGUAUGCAGGACGUGUGUGUAUGCAGGACGUGUGUGUAUGCAGGACGUGUGUGUAUGCAGGACGUGUGUGUAUGCAGGACGUGUGUGUAUGCAGGACGUGUGUGUAUGCAGGACGUGUGUGUAUGCAGGACGUGUGUGUAUGCAGGACGUGUGUGUAUGCAGGACGUGUGUGUAUGCAGGACGUGUGUGUGGUUUGGAAGUAUGAGUGUUUAUCUCUUGCUCUCUUUUUUUCCAUUUCUCUCUCCUUCUCUUUUCUCCCUGUCCAGUGGAAAACCGGAUUUCAUAGCUAUACUUUAUUAUUUUUACUUCUCAGAAACAGUGGUCUGUUUUUCAAAAGAUGUGAAGAUCACUCUAGAAUGGAACAAUCUGGAAACAGGGAAAUGACAAGUCAAGGAUCCUAUAGUAUAGGUGCAUACUGUAAUGUUCUGUACUGUGGACCUGGUGAGGAUGAUAAGAAAUGUCUCUCUCUGUGCUCAGUGGACUUAGCACUGAUCUCAGAGCAGUUACUGCUUGGCCUUAUACAUUAGUUACCUUAGCGAAGGCCCUCCUCUCACCAACUCCAGAGCUGUGGACUGGAAUGCCACAGAAACACUAAAACACAAAGACAAUCCCUGUGGCUUGGAAGUGGACUGUGUGUGUGAGACAAUGUGUGAGAGUGUGUGUGUUCACCCAUCUGUUUCCUCAGUGUGUUUGCGUUGGCAGACAGAGACAGACCUGGCCAACCCAUUGAACACUACCAGACACCAGGCAUCAGUGUGAAUGCACUGCUCCUCCUCUCCAAACAGAGAGAGAGAGAGAAUGGAGGAGGAUAAAUGAACUUCUCUGUCCUGCUGUCCUGCUGAGGGCAUACUUUUGACAUGAAGGAUAUUUUAGUGCCAAUACCUUCUUAUUACACUCUUCCCUCUGCAACAAGUGUUUGAAGUUUUAAAGCGGGCGAGCAAAGCCGAUUGGCUCUGAGGCACUCUGUAAAUAUGGCUACCGAGCCCCUGCUGGAGGAUUAUGGGCCUUGUAGGCAUAAAGUGAGAUUUUUACGCUUAUGUUAAACCAGUUGAGCCGUUUUUGGCAUAAAUGUGUUGACACAGUGGAAAUGAUUGACUGAAAUGAAAUUCUCUGCCAUUUUAAACGUUGUCUGCUAUUACUACCCCAUGCAAUCUUUAAUAGACUUUAAUUAAUGGAAACAAGCUGUUCAGCUCUGUAGAGGGGCGGUGAGACACAACGCAUAUCAUCACUAGAGGGGUGUAGAAGUACAUGCAGCUUACCCCCCCCCCCCCCCCCCACACACACACACACACACACACACACACACACAGAGAGAGAGAAACAUCCCCCAAAAAACAGCAGAUUAACAAUACCAACACACCAUUCAAAUGAAUUUCAAGUGGGCAAUUUUAUUUCGAUUUUUGAACCUUUCAUUUAGAUGUCUUAUUUUAUACUGUUUUGCAUAGUUUAUGUACAUUUUCUUUUUGUUUUGAAAUUCUCCAAGAACUGCUCUUCUACUUGCGUUGCCAGGCAACCGCACCACACAGAUACAAAAUCAUGAUAACCCUUUUGCUAUGUGUCCAUAGUAACAGGCACCGAAAUGUCGUAGAUAUAGAAAUGCUAGAUUUGUUCUGCACGCUCAGUGGCAUCACAUUGAAGAUUGUCAUGAAUGGGCCAGUGUCAACACUGUAUUAAUGAACUAACUAACUGCUCUAUACCUGUAUUGGAAACCUAGCAGCUUCACUAUAGUAGUAUAUACAGUAGAUUAACAGCAAGAGUCACACAAUGGAUCCACUUGAAGCUUUUUCUAAUCUUGUUUAUUUAUUGAAGUGUACCGUGGCACCUAGUUAGGAUGUGUGAGCUCCAUAGAAAUGCAUUAGACAAACGGCCAUAGACUCUGGAGUGGACUGGAUGGAAACCGUUCUCUCUUGGACUGUGGACUGGGUGGGGAGCAUGCUCUCUGGUUCCCCCUGACCUGCAGUGCACAUGGCAGAAGGGUUGAGAAUCUGUGUCACAUUCCCAAAGUAUGGAAGUGUGACAUUCCUGUUCCGUAAAAUAACCCUUUCACUGCCAGACCGACUGAAAGCUCUCGUCAUUCUCUUCUCAAUCGUGUCAAAAUGUAUAUUGCAUGACAAUAUUGCAGGAGGCAUUUUGAUGUUUUGUAACCUUUGAACUCUUGAGCGUUGUGUUUGUGUAACAGAACAAUGCCAAGCCCUCCACUUCCUGUGCCAAGUGUCAGACGGAUCUAUAGAAGAGGAAGUUACUUUCAACUGUAGGUUUACGGGGGAGUUUAUUUAAAUGUCUUUUUAUUUGCCAUUCAAAUCCUGAGACGGCUAAAGCCCUCAUCACGCGUGUCGGUUGACAGCUAUAGAACAGUGCAUUCAAAGUGUAUGUGAGUUUUCUAUAAAUAAUGGGGACAAUGUGUGACAUUGUGAUCAAAAUUAUGUUCAGGCAGUUCCACAUGUGUACUUAGAGGAAUAAACGUGAAUAUAAGCAAAUUGGCCCUAUACAACAACAUGACUGUAUAAGCAUGGCAAUUCAAAUUCAAGGACUUUCAGAUACUUUUUUAAGCACUUAAUUGUAAUUUUUAAGGAUCUCAACGUUAUUCAACUGUAUAAUGUAAUAAUUUACAUAUAAGGCCUAAUAUAGAACCCCCAAAAAGCGUGCAACAGGUGUCAAAAAGGUAGAUCAAACAUAUUCAAGUUAUUAUUACAUUCUAGAAUAUGAGAGAAUGUGUACAUUUCCUGACUAAAUAGAUGGGUUGCAUGGCCGUGUUUCUGUAGUCUGUGGCCGAUGCGGGCUCACAUAAUAAAGCCAUGAAUAGCGGUAGCAUUAAUCUCUCCAUUUGAAUCUCCCCAUCGCUGUUUUUAUCAUGAGAAGGUGACCAAAAAACAGGUUUCUUUUUUAAUGGAAGGAAUUGUAUGGAAAGCCAAGUUGUAGCCAACAUUAGAUGUUGUCCUCCACAUAAUUACCACAACAGAGUAGUGCAACACCCAUCAAAUGGGUGUUGCACUACUCUGUUGUGGUAAUGAUGAAAAUGACAGGCCUCUCUCAUCUUUUUAAGUGGGAGAACUUGCACAAUUGGUGGCUGACCAAAUACCUUUUUGCCCUACUGUACAUGUGCUUCACUUUUCAACUAGCUAAAAGCUAGCUAGUUGUUGUCUGUGUGUGUGCUUCCAUUUAUACCACUGCACAGUAAAGCAACGCACAAGUUGAAAAUAUUGAACACAUGCCCAUCACAACAGCUGUUCGUCACUUGACUGUCAUUCAGAAAAUUUCUACCUGGAUCAGAUGAUGAUGUGUGAAAAUAUCACGUAACUAAUCAGCUGGACACCAAAUGCGCAUCCCCUCAAGUAUUAUGCAUAAUUAUUGAAGAACCAUGUUAAUGACAGUAUCGAUUUUAGGUUUUAAGUAUCAAGGUAAUGUAACUCUUUCGGUUAGAAGAAUUCUAUUUUGCAGUGCAUACAUUAUUUUGGAUAUCUGUGCCCUUAAACUGUUUUCACCCCAGAACAUAAGGACACAAAAUGUUACGUAGUUACACUGCAUUUCUGAGAUCUCUACAUACAAAACUGACAGUUAGAUUCUUACAAGGCUCAAGUUCAAUGUUUAAUUUAACUGAAUAAUUAGUGCUUAAAAUGUAUAUAACGACAACUUACACUGCCAUAAAUGCAAGGACAGAACAUGUAUGUUUUAUGUCACACAAUUUUUGAAAAAUCCAUCAAGACACCAACCAUUUUUGAAAAAUCCAUCAAGACACCAACCAUUUUUGAAAAAUCCAUCAAGACACCAACCAUGAUAAAGGGUUAAAGCAGGGGUGUCAAACUCGGGUUUUUGGUUAACCAGGUGAGGGGAGUUGCUUACUAAUUAGUGACCUUCAUUUAUUAAUCAAGUAGAAUGGUGGAGCGAAAUCCCUUAGACACUCGACCCUCUGUGGAAUGAGUCACACGUGGGUUAAAGGGAUACUUGGGGAUUUUGGCAAUGAGAUUCCUUUAUCUUCUUCCCCAGAGUCAGAUGAACUCAUAGAAACCAUGUGUAUGUCUGAAGGAAGUUCGCUAGCAUUAGCACAAUGACUGGAAGUCUAUGCUAGUAGAUACCCAUAGCUAAUAGAUAGCUAUGAUCCCCCUUAUAUCUUAAUGUAAUGACAUGAAAUGAAUUGGCAGAUUAUUAUCAUUGGCUUAUCAACAGCUGUAACAAGUUGUCCAGUGUAGGAAAUCCUCUCUGGUACCCUUGUUUAUAGAAAGACCGUGUAUGUGUGUUUAGAACUAGGAUAUGCUACCUAGUUAGGUCAGCAGCACAUUGUUACCAUAUUGUCGACUCUAGGCUAGAUCUAUGCAUCACUGAGUUAGAUGCCAGUUGAAAGAGUAGUUCAAGGCAACUGUGCAUGAGCCUGGCCUGAACACAGUACCUGGUCCAACAUCAGAGGUGGACCCUCCAUCUUAAACUUCACUUUUUAAUUGGUUUUGCCACAAUUCCGUCAUGAAGGAAUUUGACAAUACCAGGAUCUCUGACUCUGAACCACGAAGUGGAGGGUUGGUGUGUGAUGUCACAGUGCCACCGUGAUUGAAGCUGUACAGUCGUACUCUGAAUGGUGUUUUUGUAGUAAUCAACAUCCAUAGACGCCUCCUCAACGUUAUCCAGACGUUCUGACGGUGUUGUAGCUGUGUUACGAGGGCUGCAUGUAGUGGCUAUGUGCUGGCUACAGAUUUAGCUGUAAAAUAACUUUUGGUGAUGUGUUCAGUUCAGCCAGUGCUGCUUUUCUCCAGUGAUGUAUUUUUCUGUUCAUUUUUUUAUCUAUGAGAAAUAGUGCACUGAAAUUAAAAGGAAGGCCAUAGCUUUUUUAAAUGCUUGUGUUUUUUGUUGUAUGACAUGUUUUUGUAGAUGUUUAUUUUGUGUAUAUAUAGUCACAUCCCAAAUGAUUGGCACCCUUGAUAAAGAUUAGCAAUAUACUGUAUAAAAUAAAUAGAAAUACUGAGCUACAUUGUAUGCCUUAUUUAUUUAUUUUAAUUAUAUUAUUUUAUACUAAUACAGUUGCUCAGAUUUUUGUUUAACAAGUACUACCUUUUCUUUACAAUACUUUGUGCACCCUCCCCUGGCGAGGAUAACUGUGCCCUUGGGGUUAUUGUCUUGGCUAAAAUGUCCUGGUAUUUGGUAGAGUUCAUGAUAAAGGUGACCUUAACAAGGGCCCCAGGACCAGUGGAAGCAAAACAACCCCAUAACAUCAAAGGUCCAUCACCAUCAUUUACGGUAGGUAUUAGGUUCUUUUCUGCAUAUCCAUCCUUCAUACGAGGCCAAACCCACCACUGCUGUGCUUCAACUGACCAUAGCUCAUAGUUCCAAUCCAAGUGCCAAUGCCAUUAUUCAGACAAAGCAUGUACAUAUGUUGCUUGCUCUCAAUGGAGGCUUUUUUUUGUCUAAUUGUAGAUUUGGAGACUUGGUAACCCCGACAAAGUUCUUUAAUUCUUCAACUGUGGACCUUUAUUUUCCUCCUGAACCAUCUGUCACUGUGCGUGGGGAUAAGAUACACUUGGGUCCUCUAUCAGGCAAGUUUAGUAGUGUUCCAGUUGAUUUCAAGUUUCUUCAUUUUUGCUUUAACAGCGGUAAGUGGUAUAUUUUUUUGUUUGUUAGUUUAUUUGUACCCAUUGGCCUGAUUUAUGAGUCUAAAACCAUUUGUCUCCAUUCAUGAGUUCUUUGCCUUUACCCAGGGUGAUGGAAGUCAAUGGAAUUUUACAUGUGUGUUACCUCAUUUUAUACCCCAGUGAAACAGGAAGCCACGGAAGGCCACCACACAGUUCCUUAAACUGAGAUUAACUUUAAAAAGUAGACUGUUAAUGCAGAUACAUUUAUAAGAAUUUUAAAUAGUAUAUAAGAAUCUUUAGGGGUGGCAAACAUUUUCAGGUGUCAUUUUUAGAGUUUUUUUUACUUGUUAAACAAUCCUUCUCUGAGCAAAUGUAUUAGUAUGAAAUUAAAUGUUCCAUUUUGAUGAUGAUACAAUAUAGGUAUUUUAUCUUUAUCAAGGGUGCCAAUACAUUGAGAUGUGACAUUAUAUUCUAUUGAAUAGUAACCAUAGCUGUCAUUAGAAAGGCACUUUGCUAUUCUGUCAGUUUAUUGCAAUAAAAACAUGUUAAGUGCAA